GUUAAAAUGUAUCAGGAAACGUCAGAACAUUGAGGAGAGUGUUUUGCACGCACAGAUUUGAAUUCAGUUUAUUGCACUGUUAUGAAAACGGUGAUUUUGUUUAGGUUCUAAGCUGUUACUUGUAUAUUUAUUAAACGCCAUUAGUAAUAAGAGUCGUGUUUAAAGUCUAAAAUAGAAGCGUAAACUCCGCCCAUGUGCUGCUGUGCUGCAGUGCUGUAAUAUGAUGGCAGUAAGUGUAAGGUUAUUGGGGAGAUCAGUGGUCAGAUCACGUGUCUGUUCUUGUGCUGUUUGGACCAAAAGAUUUUAUUGCAACGCAGCAGCAAAAAAAAUUAGGGUACAUGAUGCUCUCAACAGCCCAGAGACAGGAUCAACCAUCAGAAUCCAGGGUUGGGUUCGCUCUGUCCGAUCACAGAAGCACAAUGUCUUUCUACAUGUAAGUGAUGGAAGUUCUUUACAACCUCUGCAAGUAGUCGCCAACUCAGACCUCAACACCAGAGACAUCACGUUUGGCUGUUCUGUAAGUGUUACUGGAAGUUUGGAAAAGAGUCCUAGCAAAAAACAGCAUGUAGAAUUACAAGCCAGUCGCAUUGAAGUGGUUGGAGAAUGUAACCCUGUGGACUUUCCUUUAAAAAUCAAGGGUCACCAUUCUCUAGAGUACAUCAGACAGUUUCCUCACCUGAGAUGCCGAACAAAUGCAUUCAGCUCAUUGCUUAGAAUACGCAGCCAAGCCACUGCUGCCAUUCACUCAUAUUUCAGGGAUAACAACUUUGUAGAAAUUCACACACCGGUGAUUACGUCAAAUGACUGCGAAGGCGCAGGAGAACUCUUUCAGGUGGAGCCUGCAGGUAAUGAAUGGAACUCGGAUAAAGAAAAUCCCCAUUUUUUCUCUGUGCCCGCAUACUUAACUGUCUCAGGACAGCUGCAUCUGGAAGUAAUGGCAGGGGCUUUUCCUGCUGUAUACACAUUUGGCCCAACAUUUCGAGCAGAUAAUUCCCAGACCAGGAGACAUUUGGCUGAGUUUUACAUGGUGGAGGCAGAAAUUGCUUUUACUGAUUCACUGAAGGACCUCAUGAAGGUUAUGGAGGGCUUGUUUAAGAUGACCACAGAGAAUCUGCUCUCUCAUUGUGCAGAGGAUGUGGAAUUAUUUCACAAAUAUAUCUCACCAGGAUGUAAGGAACAAGUGGACCUUAUGAUGAAAAGAAGUUUUAACGUCAUUUCCUAUACAGAGGCAAUUGACAUUCUAAAGAGGAGUUCAGGGCAGUUUGCCUUCAAACCAGAGUGGGGUUGUGAUCUUCAAACAGAGCAUGAGAAGUACAUAGUGCAGCACUGUGGGAAUGUCCCAGUCUUUGUGACGGAUUAUCCGUAUGAGCUCAAACCUUUUUACGCCAGAGACAAUCAAGACCAGCCUCAGCACACGGCAGCUGCAGUAGACCUCUUGGUGCCUGGUGUAGGGGAGCUUUGUGGUGGUUCUCUGAGAGAGGAAAGACUAGAGCUUCUGAGGACUCGGCUAGCACAGACUGGAUUACAAGACACAUAUGCAUGGUAUCUUCAGCUGAGAGAGUUCGGUUCGGUGCCUCAUGGUGGUUUUGGGAUGGGCUUUGAGAGGUAUCUCCAGUGUGUUUUAGGGAUUGACAACAUCAAGGACACUAUUCCCUUUGCAAGGUUUUCACACUCCUGUGUUCUAUGAAAUUAUCUGGUAUAAAAUUACAAUAAACUAAUAACGGAUGUGGUA